AUGUCAGGAAUCAAUGGCAGCUGCUUUGCAGAGACAAGGAAACAUCAUUUCCAGGUUAAUGGAAAGCGGAUGUACUUUAACGGCUUUAACGCCUACUGGUUAAUGUGUAUGGCUUCUGAUCCAUCUACGAAAACAAAGGUCUCAGAUGCCUUCCAAGAAGCUUCUAAAAUAGGAAUGAACAUCGUUAGGACCUGGGCUUUUAGUGAUGGUGGCAGCAAACCCCUACAAACCUCUCCUGGUGUUUACAAUGAGGACAUGUUUAAGGGAUUGGAUUUUGUGAUAUCAGAAGCCAAAAGACAUGGGCUUUACUUAAUUCUAAGCUUAGUCAAUAACUGGGACGAUUUUGGAGGUAAAAAGCAGUACGUUCAAUGGGCUAGGGAUCAUGGAGGCCAGUACUUGAAUAGCGAUGAUGAAUUCUUUUCUAACGCUGUCGUUAAAGGAUAUUACAAGAAUCAUGUGAAGAGCGUUCUUACGAGACUCAACUCAAUCACCGGUGUUGCCUAUAAGGACGAUCCCACCAUCUUUGCAUGGGAGCUCAUGAAUGAACCCCGUUGCCAGUCUGAUCUCUCGGGAAAGACUCUCCAGGAAUGGAUAGUAGAAAUGGCAGCUGACAUCAAAUCCAUUGACAAGAAUCAUCUUCUUGAAAUUGGGCUUGAAGGAUUUUAUGGGGAGUCCAUGCCUGAUAAGAAACAAAACAAUCCAGGCUAUGAAGUUGGGACCGACUUCAUUUCAAACAACAACCUCAACAAUGUGGAUUUCGCUACCAUCCAUAUCUAUCCUGAUCAAUGGGUUUCGGGAGGAAGCCCGGAAGCUCAAGCUGAAUUUGUAGAAAAAUGGGUUAAAGCCCAUAUUGAGGACUGUAAAGCCGUCCUAAGAAAACCGUUACUCAUUGCGGAAUUUGGCAAGUCCUCAUGGUCAACAGGUUACACUGUCAAAGCAAGGGACGAUUACUUUCAAAACAUAUUCAACAUGGCCUACGAAAGUGCAAGAAGUGACGGGUCAUGUUCUGGUACAACCUUUUGGCAGGUCAUGGCGGAGGGAAUGGAUAAUUGGGGUGACGGGUACCAAGUCGUGUUGGAGCAAAAUCCCUCAACUGCUGCUGUAAUUGCACAACAGUCACAAAAGAUUUCCUCUCUAAACUCCGUGAUGGAAAUCUAG